GAAGUGCCGUAAAGCAGUCGUCGUCUGUCGGAAAUACCGAACAACUGGAGCACGAUGCCCAAACUGCACUGACGUCACCGCGGCGGGACUGCGCCAUCUUCAUAAUACAAGAGAAGUGUGGACGUUGAAUGGUAGCCGUGUCUUCUGAAAGAAACAGUUCCUACAUGGAGUGAAACUCUUGCUUUUCGAGCAGGUGGUCUAGCAGUUUUGGUCACCAUGGGGGUCAAGGUCCAACGUUCUCGGUGCUUUCUUGACAUCGGAAUUGGAAAUGUACUUGUCGGCCGCAUCGUCAUUGAGCUGUUUUCAGAUGUCUGUCCCAAAACGUGUGAAAACUUCCGAUGCCUUUGCACAGGUGAGAAAGGCAUUGGUAAGGGAACGCAGAAACCUCUCCACUACAAAGGAUGUCUGUUCCAUCGCAUUGUGAAAGACUUCAUGAUCCAAGGAGGGGACUUCAGUGAAGGCAAUGGAAGAGGAGGUGAAUCCAUCUACGGGGGAUUUUUUGAAGAUGAAAGCUUUGCUGUGAAACACAACAAGGAGUAUAUGCUGUCUAUGGCAAACAGGGGAAAGGAUACAAAUGGAUCACAAUUUUUCAUAACAACAAAACCAACUCCACAUCUGGAUGGGGUUCACGUGGUUUUUGGCCAUGUGAUUUCCGGUCAAGAGGUUGUACAAACUAUGGAGAGCCAGAAAGCCGAUCCUAAUAGCAGACCUUAUGCAGAAGUUAAAGUUAUGAACUGUGGGGAACUUGUCCCCAAAUCAAAAGCCAAGAAGCACAGCAAAAAGAAAGAGAAGGCCCUGUCGGGUUCCAGUUCCAGUGACUCUGGCACCUCCUCAGAAUCCUCUUCCGACACUGAUGAGUCUGACAAAGUGUCUAAGAAGCAGAAAAAGAGAGCCAAAAAGCUAAAGAAGAAGCAGAAGAAAAAGGAGAAAAAGCCAGAACCUGAAACUAUUGAAGAGAAAGAACAGGAAGAGGUGGUCACAUCUACAGUGCGUCCUGAAGAAAUACCUCCAGUCCCUGAGAAUCGAUUCCUUAUGAGGAGAAGUCCAUCGAUUGUCGAGCCGGAAAAAGAGAACCUGGAGAAGGAACAGCGUAAUAAAGAACGACCCAGAGACAGCUUUGGUGUAAGACACAAUUCUCAGUCAACCUACAACAGAAGACUGGUUAUGACACGAUCUGGCAGAAAGAUAAAAGGCAGGGGCCCCAGGAGAUACAGAACUCCUUCACGGUCUACUUCAAGAUCGAGGGGUCGUUUUCGGCGUAGUGAAACUCCUCCCCACUGGCGUUUAGAGUUGCAGCGCCAGAGAACGAGAGCAGUCACAGGAGAACGUUGGAUUAAGGGUGACAGAGGUGACAUGAGCGAGGAGAAGGACGAGGCUACUAAUUCACAGAGGAGAGAACGGCAAACAUCUGGUACCAAGCUGGAAUACGCACAUGAGGGUAAAAAAGACAAGAAAGCUCGGCCUCAGCGGUCCAAAAGCAAGGAAGACUCUGUGGAAAAGGGUGAAAAGAAAAGCAAGCAGAAGGACAGGAAAAGAGGCAGAUCUAAAAGCCACAGUAAAAGUAAGAGGUCAAAAAGCAGAGAAAAGAGGAGAUCAAAAAGUAAAGAAAAGAGUCACAGGCAUAAAAGUAGCGACAAAAAAGAUCGCUCAAAGAGCAAAGAUCGAAGUGUGACUAAGAAAGAAAAGCAGUCUGAAUCUGAUCAGAGCAAGGAAAAAAUUAAGGAGAAAGAGUCUAAUGAUAAGCAGAAAGUGGAUUCAAAAACAAGCAAUGGUGAGAAAACAAGGACCAAGUCCCCAAGCAAAGACAGAAAUGCAAAGGAUGUGCACAGAUCCAACAGCAGAAACCGAGAGAAGGGUGGACGUGCCACUUCCAAAGAUAAAGAGGAAAAACGAGAAAAAGACAGAGCGAGGGGCAGAGAAAGCAGUAGGAGCACACAUAGAAGACAUACCGAUGAAAAGGAAGACAAAAGACGGAGAUCCCGGAGUAGGGAGCGUGGGAAAAGUCCAGACCGAAGCAAGACCAGAGAUUUGCAUAAGAGCAGGCGCUCUAGAAGCAAGAGCAGUAGGAGAGGGCGGAGCAAAGAUCGCUCAAUGCUUCGUAAAGACAGCCAGAGGAGAAGAAGAAGAAGGAGCAGCAGUAGUAGCAGCAGGAGCAGCAGCAGCUCUGACAGCGAUAGAGACGAUAGACGCAAGCGCCGCAAGAGCUCAGAUUCCAAACGGAGAAGAUCCAAAAGCACCUCCAAAGACAGGAAAAGAGGCAACACUAAAGGCAAGAAUGACCGCAAGAAGAAUCGCUCAAGCUCUAGUUCCAGCUCUGAUAGCCACUGAGAUCUUUUAUCUAAAUCUCGGUGCAUAUUCAGCAUGCAGCUAUUUGUCAACCUAAUUGCUGACAUUCCUCACACACCUCCUCAGUUCAUCCAUAACAUCUGGCAACCUUAAAUUGCUGAACAAUACACAAGAGGCUGCACCGUAUGAAUGCAAUGCAAGAAAAAAGGAGGAUCUGGACUAAAGCAGCAGAAACAACAGACCAGUCUGGUGAGCUUUGCUCCUGUUAAUAAACCUGAAUUUGUCUACUGAGAAAAUGGAAAGAAUAAGAAACCCAUGUAAUAAAAAUACAACUUUAAAAGCUGAAAAUGUAGAUCUUAGGCUUAGUUGCAGCCCUGAGCCGAAGCAACUAGUGGGUGGUAGACAGAGGGUAGGCUAAAGUGCACUAUAGAGCAGUGGUCCCCAACCACCGGUACCGAUUGGUACCGGGCCGCACAAGAUAUUUAAAAAAUUAUGUUUUUUAUUUUUUAUUAAAUCAACAUAAAAAACACUUACAAUUAUCGCCAACCCAAAAAACCUCCCUCCCCCAUUUACACUCAUUCGCACAAAAGGGUUGUUUCUUUCUGUUAUUAUUUCUGGUACCUACAUUAUAUAUCAAUAUAGAUCAAUACAGUAUGCAGUGAUACAGUCCGUAAGUACACAUGAUUGUAUUUCUUUAUGACAAAAAAUAAAUCCCCCCCCUACGUGGGACAAUUUUUCAAGCGUUGACCGGUCCGCAGCUACAAAAAGGUUGGGGACCACUCCUAUAGAGGACUGAAAACCAGCACCCCUAUAAGUUAACAAUCUGAGGCUGCUCUUUUAAACGGUAUGACUACAGUUCGGUUUUUUUUAGUUUUGGUUUUUUGGUGCAACCGGCAAAAUAUCUUUUUAUACUGAUUUCAUUGUUAUUUAACAUCGUUUUGAGGCAGCCGAUUAUGAAAUUUUUAAAAACUUUAUUGUAUGUUAUCUCCGAUCUAGAGGUUUUAAUCGUUUUAAUGAUCUCUUGCCAGUUCGUCUUGUUGUCAACCGAGUGAUGCCCCCUGUGUGUUUUAAAAUGGAAAAAAAAACUAAUGCAAGUAUAACAUGAAAUCUUGUUGGAAUUGUCUUUAUUGUACAAGCUGUUUUAGGAGCUCCCUUCUCCUUUUAAAGGUAUUAAAAAACACAAAUGUGAGAUCUCCAG